AUGAAAUUCUCUACCGUUGCUGUUUUGGCUGUCGUUGCCCCAUUGGCUGCUGGAUUUGCCCCAGCAUCUCUCAAUCAAAGACAAUUCGCUUCCAAGAAUGUGGCCUUUGCUCCUUCGGCUGGCCGUGUUGAGUCUAGCCAAGGACAAUUGUCUAUGGCCUCUUCUGAUUACCUAUUGUUGGAUGAUGAUGAGCCAAAGAAGGGAAAGAAGAAGGCCAAGGCUGCCCCUGCUCCAGCGCCUGUCCCAGCCCCAGCUCCAGCUCCUGUUGAGAAGCCAAAGUUCCAGAAGCGGGUCAAGGCCGAGAAGCCUGCCCCAGCACCACCAGCUCCUACACCACCAGAGCCAAAGAAGAAGGCACCAAAGGCAAAGGCUGUCCCAGCUCCUAAGCCAGAGCCAAAGAAGGUUGUCCCUCCUCCACCAGCUCCCAAGCCUGUUGCCAAGACGUCCUCUGGCGAUUCCCCUGUCUUGGAGGGUGUUGCCUUGGGAGCCGCUCCUUUGAUCGCCGUUCCCCUCGUCGCUUUGGGUGCCGGUCGCAACAUCUUGUCUGCUACCAAGGAACGUCGUGAAAAGAUCCAAGCCGAAAUGGAGGAAUACGAAGCCAAGGAAAAGGCCAAGGUCGCAGCCGAAGUUGAUGGCAGUGGUCUUUUCAGUGCACUCACCUUUUUGGGUGCCAGUGCUGGAGCCCUUGGAUUGAUCCUUUCUGGAGCCACUUCUGGUCUUAGUGGACCUGCCAUGCCCACUGCUUCCAUCAGUCUCCCCGCGGGAUCCAAGGCUGCCCCUGCUACCUCCACUGCUCCUCCCGCUGCCGUCAAGAGAAUUGAAAAGAAGGCCAAGGCCAAGAAAGCCAAGUUGAGCAAGUCGGACUACGAUCUUUCUUUGGAGGAAGAGGUCAAGGUCGCCGAGGCUGAGGCCAAGUCUACUGCCAAGGCUGCUGCCGCCGAGAAGGCCAAGGAAGCUACUGCCGAUAAGGCUGCCGAAAUUGCCGCCGAGGCUGAAGCCAAGGCUUCCGAUGCCGAGAAGAAGGCCGCAGAAAUCAAGGCCAAGGCGGAUGCCGAGGAAAAGAAGGCCAAGGCUGCUGAAGAAAAGGCAGAAGCCAAGGCCGCCGCCGCCAAGGAAGCAAAGGCCAAGGCUGCUGCGGAAGCCGAAGCCAAGGCUGCUGAAGCUAAGGAAAAGGUCGCUGCGGAAGUCAAGGCCAAGGCUGAUGCUGCCGAAAAGGCGGCUGCUUCUGCCGAGUCCAAGGCCGCUUCCGAAGCUGACAAAAAGCAAGAAGCCGCCCGUGUGGAAGAAGAAAAGGCUGCUGCCGCCGAGAAGGCCAAGGAAGCUGCCGCCGCCAAGGCCAAGAUUGAGGAAGCUGAGCUCAAGAAGGUCAAGGCUGCCGAAGCAAAGGCUGAGGCCAAGCCCGCUGCCCCAGCCCCUGCUCCAAAGGCUGCUCCUGCUCCUGCCCCAGUCAAGGCCGCCCCUACCCCCGCACCCAAGCCAGCACCAAAGCCAGUGGCCACUCCUGCCGCUAAGGGAACUGCCCUUGGAGAUGUUAAGGGAGACACUCCCGGAGGAAAGGUCCUUCCAAAGGAAGAGAUCAACCCUGCGGUCCUUGACAUCCUUAAGAAAUACAACUAA